UGACAAAUGUGUGUUAGAGAUAUACAGAAAAGUAAGAAGAAGAGUCUAAGUAAAAAGAAAAAACUAUGUGAGGAUCGUCUCAGGGUUUACCAGCCAAAAGAUUUCCAAGGUCAGAGAGGACAAGAAAGUGACAAAACAAGCAACAGGAAGGGGCUAAAAAGACCUAGUUAGUGAAAUCUUUCCAAAAUGGCACUUUUACCAAAGCUGGGCUUUUUCGUCAUUGUAUUAAUAAUAUUCAGUUCUUCAUGCUGGGCUGAUGUAAAGAGCAGCAGCAGCAGCAGCAGCAGCAGCAGCAGUAGUCAAAGCUCAUCCAGCAGUAGCGCGUCGUCAGAAAGUACUGGCAAUGCUUCAGCAUCGACCAUCACUACUCUGCCAGUCGUCACAUGGAAAUGGCACCAUGUGGAAACCCCGUACUUGGUGGCUUUAUGGAUCUUCGUCUGCUGGCUUUGCAAACUAAUGAUACAAAUGAAUACCUGGCUCAAAAGCUUUUUUCCUGAGAGUGGACUCCUGAUCAUCUCUGGUUUUGUUCUUGGUGGUAUUAUCUGGGGCGCAGACAAAGUACAGACAUUUAAGCUCAGCCCAAGAAACUUCUUCUUCUUCUUACUGCCACAGAUCAUACUGGACACGGGCUACUUCAUGCCCAACAAGCUAUUCUUUAGCAACUUGGGCGCCAUCUUGAUUCAUGCCGUUAUCGGGACAGUCUGGAACGCAGCUGCAGUGGGAGUCUCUCUCUGGGGCUGCUUUCUAGGAGGAGCUAUGGGUGACCUCAAUAUCGGACUGUUACAGUUUCUGCUCUUCGGCAGCUUGCUUGCUGCUGUAGAUCCAGUGGCUGUGAUCGCUGUGUUCGAGGAGGUGCAUGUGAACGAAGUGCUUUUUAUCUGGGUGUUUGGAGAGUCGCUGCUCAAUGAUGGAGUUACAGUGGUGCUGUACAAUGUUUUUGAUGCCUUUGUCUCUCUGGGAGGAGAAAGAAUUAAUGCUGCUGAAAUCAUCAAAGGAAUAGUCUCAUUUUUCAUUGUGGCAUUUGGGGGGUCAUUGAUUGGUGUCGCGUAUGCCAUCAUCAUCUCACUGUUGACCAAGUUUACAGGGAAAGUUCAGAUCAUCGAGGCUGGUUUCAUCUUUGUGCUUGGCUAUCUGUCUUACCUCACAGCCGAGAUGCUUUCCCUCUCUUCCAUCCUUUCAAUCACUUUCUUUGGUGUUUGCUGCCAGAAAUAUGUGAACGCUAACAUGGAUGAAAAGUCUGUUACUACAGUGCGCUACACUAUGAAAGUAUUUGCAGUUGGCUCAGAGACCAUGAUCUUUGUUUUCUUGGGCAUCACCGCCAUCGAUAAUGUCAUCUGGGUGUGGAAUACUGGCUUUAUUUUGCUUACACUGCUCUUUGCGAUAAUCUACAGAUUUAUGGGUGUCUUUGCCUUGACCUGGAUGCUGAACAGGUAUAGACUGGUUCCCAUAGAGUACAUCGAUCAGCUAGUGAUGAGUUAUGGUGGGUUGCGUGGAGCCGUGGCGUAUGGGUUGGCAGCUUCACUAGAUGAGACCAGGAUUAAAGAGAAGAACCUAAUAAUCAGCACAACACUCAUUGUGGUGUACUUCACUGUCAUAAUUCAGGGUCUCACUAUGAAGCCUCUUGUCAAGUGGCUAAAAGUGAAGAGGGUGAUACCAUCUGAACUGAAACUUGUUGAGAAAGUGAACAACAGGGCAUUUGAGCAUAUCCUGGCAGCAAUGGAGGACAUUUCUGGACGCAUAGGAGAUAACUGGUGGACUAGAGGAUGGAAGAGGUUUGAGGAGACAUACAUUACUUGGUUUUUGAUGAAAGCAGAAGCCAGGAAAAACCAAGACUACAUUUUCAGCAUUUUCCACAAACUGAAUCUGGAGGAUGCUGUUAAUUAUGUUAGCACGGGAGAGAAAAAAGGAUCACUGGCUUUCCUGCGCAACAGUGAAGGCACUAAUGUUGAUUUUGAAAAAAAAAUUGGCUUGGAGUUUUCUGGAGUGAUGCCUGACAUCACGUCUGAGUUAGACUAUGGCACUGACAGCAUGCCAAUGACCUCCAUCAUACGUGACACCAUUCCCUCAGUGUCUCUGAACAUUCAUGAACAAGAUAGAAAUGGCAUAAAGGAGGACAUCAAUGCCCACCACUUACUGCAGCAACAUCUGUACUGUAGCAGGAAAAAUCACCGCCACAGAUAUAGCCGAAGUGACUUCACCAUCAACCAGAAUGAAGAUGAGGUGCAGGAGAUCUUCCAGAGAACCAUGAGAAGUCGCCUUGAAUCGUUUAAAUCCGCCAAAAUGGGGGUUACUCCGGCUAAGAAAAUCACAAAGCGUGGCAAGAAAGACAAAAACCAGAAAACGUCUAAUUGGAAGGCUUCAGAAAAUGCAGCCUAUCCAUAUGGAGAUGAAGAUUUUGAGUUCUCAGAAGUAGACAGCACAUCCAGCAGUGAUGGAAAAGCUGCAGGUGCCAAUUUCCCUUCAACAUACACCACUGGAGGUAUAGAAAACCCAGCCUACAUGCCCGAGUUGGAUGCUCCUCCUCCUCCAUGGUUAACAGAGGCUGAGAAUGACGCCAGCGUGGCACUUUCUCAAACGGCACAGCGCCACCUACCGCAGAGUCCCACCAACCUGCGCCGUCUGGCACCAUUGAGGAUCAGUGACUACUCAACAGACUCCUUUCUGAUGGCUGAUUCUCCUUCAAUGGAGGAAUCACACGAGGAACCGUUUGAGGAACGACCUAAAAGGGAUGGCACACAUAUGUAG